UCCCCUCCGCGUGGCCUCGGCUUCCCCAGCCGCACCGCUCCGUCCCUCGAAGUCCCGCCGGUCGUUCUUCCUGGCUCGUGUUCGCACGCGGUCCUCCACGAGAUCACCCCUGCACGCCACUCGCGCGCUCCUGCCGUCGGGGCCCCGCGCCCGGUGGGCGCGCGUGCGCGUUCCUUUGCAGGGCGGGGUGAGGUCGUGGCGGCCGCGCCCCUCCACUCCGCCCCCGCGGGCCCCUCACGCAGCGGCCCGGGCCCCAGAGUUCCCGGGGCCGCCCUGCCCGCCUGCUCAGUGCACAUCCCUGCGCCACCUCUCUCGUCGCGAGAGAGCCGGAACCCGGCCUCCCCUGGGAUUCCAAGCCGUCUUCCCAGCUGGCCCAAGGCUAGUCUCGAGUCUCAGAGGCCCCCGGCCCGCCAGGCUUUCUGACCUCUGGGCCCAUAUGCCCUCUGCCCUUGCUGACCCCAGGGUACCCUGCAGUCUAGUCUCAGAGCAGGAGCCCCUUCUGGACUUAGAGAAGUCUCCCAGCUCCCUGGCCUGGGCACUGCCCCUGACACCCCGACCCCUUUUCCAAGAGAUGCAGCCCCUGGGAGCGCGAGCAGCCGGCAGAGAGAUGCUCCGCAACUCCAGCCUCAGGGAAGGCCUGGUGCAUGUGGAUAAGACCCAGGAGGGGCAGGACAGGGACAGGGAAGGAGUGUGGUUAGGGGCAGGGGGAGCCCUGGCCAAUACCUCCUCCCCCUCCCCCUCCGAGCCUCCGGGGGCCUCAGGCAGCAUCAUCCCUGUCUACUGUGCUCUCCUGGCCACAGUGGUCCUUGGCCUGCUUGCCUACGUGGCCUUCAAGUGCUGGCGCUCACACAAGCAAAGACAGGAGCUGGCCAAAGCUCGGACUGCAGAGCUGGGGGCCCUCGACAGGGACCAGAUGCACGGGGACAGCAGCGUCUUGCGGGACUCUUCCAGCGGUCAGGAGUGCUGUGGCCCCAGCCAGGGGCCACAUCCUGAGCUCGGCUGCCGGCUCUACCUCCACCUCCCUCGGCAGCAGCAAGAGGAAGUGGAGCGGCUCCUGGGAGGGUCUGGAGAGGCGGACAAGGGCUGGCGGGGCCUGGCGGGCCGCCUGGGCUACCAGGCUGAGGCUGUGGAGACGAUGGCCCGGAGCCAGGCGCCUGCCUCCGCUCUGCUGAGGGACUGGGCUGCCCGGGAAGGCAGCGGUGCUACCCUCAGGGUGCUAGAGGGCGCCCUGGCCGCCAUGGGCCGCGAGGACGUGGUCCGGGCCCUCGGCCUCCCACCGGAGGGCUGCUCUGUGGUGUGAGCCGUGCCUCCGCAGCCUGGCCUCCCGGGGUACGGGCCCUGGUGCUACCUACCCUGCCCACCUCACAUGCCUUCCCUUCUGUGGGCUUCCUCGCAUUGGUGGGCUCAGCCUGCUCCGUCUUCAUGGACACAGAGGGUCCAGCUACUCCACACCUCCCCUUGCCCUACCUUCCUUGGAGCCAGAGACCAGGAUAUGGCGGGGGGUGGGGGGGGGGGUGGCAGCAAGCCAUGGCUGGUCCCCCUCCCCCUCCCCUUCCUUCAUCUUAACUGUUGUUCCUUCCUGUAUAUUCCGUAUUAAAGGCGACUUUGGAUUGC